AGUUCAUCAGUCGUCAUUUCACAUCGCAACUGUAGGACGGAGAACGUCAGGACUCAAUUUCAUCAUAUUUCUCUUACAACUGUAGUGGAGCAUUGCCUACUAUGAACUAAAACUCUACCUAAAAUCAAAUCAAGCAGAUCAUAGUGAAGUGACGCAUAAGCCAGUAGAUUCCAGUGUCGAGUUGUAAUUUUUUGCACCUCAAUGUAGCUAGAGGAAAUGGCUGUGGAAAGCAUGACUGUCCAUCCAAACUCCCCAACUACCAACCACGAACACAACAGUCUCCUGACUGACGAAAGGCCAGAGGAUGGAGAGCUGGAGGAGGGCGAGCUGGAAGAUGAUGGUGGAGAGGUGGAGGAGAAGGAGGUUGGUGGAGGUGUGUCUGCAGUCGCAGUAGAAGGAGGUGGAGAUGGCGUAGAAGAAGCAGGCGGAGGAGGAGGUGAAGCGGUAGGGGAAGGGGCCGCAGACAGGCCUCGGAGGAGUAAGGAGGGCCACGACAGCAGCAACUCAGACGAGGAGAGGUCCCACCGCCGCAAGAGGAAGAGGAAGAAAGAGAGAGAGCGAGAGAGGGAGAAGAGGAGGGCCAAGAAGAAACGCAAAUCCAAACACAAACGCCAUGCGUCCUCUGAUGACGACCACUCAGAGCUCAGCGACGACUCUGACUACAGUCCCAGUGAGAAGAGGAAGUACAGAGAGUACAGUCCACAGUACCCCCCCCCUCCUACUCAUGGGGGCUACAGCGGCUCAAAGAAAGGCAGCUACAUGAAGAUGGACAAGCAGAGCUAUGGAGGCUACGAAGACUUUGAAGAGGAGAACUUUGAGGGAGAGGAAGAGGAGGAAAUUGCUGAUGAAGACUAUGAUGACUUCAACAAGGAGCUGAACCAGUACCGCAAGGCGAAGGAGGGUGGAGGCCCACGUGGGGGACGAGGGGGAAGAGGUCGCAUGAAAACCCAGAGAGGCCGCGGACUGAUGAGGGGAGGGAGGAGAGGAAGAGGAGGGAGCAGAGGAAGAGGAGGUCGAGGGGGAAGUAUAGGAGGAGGAGGAGGAGGAGGAGGAGGAGGAGGAGGAGGCGGCGGAGGAGGAGGAGGAAAGAUGGGAGGAGAAAAGGAAAAUGACGAUGGAGACGGCUAUGGAGAAGAGAUGGAGUAUGGAGAUGAUGACUAUGACAACAUGGGUGAGGAGGACUACGAUGAGUACUCAAAUCAGUACAAAAAGUCCAAAGACAGAGGCCGAGGGGGUAAAGGUCUCCGCGGGAGAGGGAGAGGUAAAGGAGGGCGCGGUAUGCUCAGAGGAGGAAGAGGUCGAAACCGGGGGAGAGGAAGAGGCGACAUUGGCAACGAUGACGACAACAACAACAACGGGGACAUGGACAACGGGGACGGCGGUGGAGGAGGUGAUGGACCAGGACCAAUGAGGAGGAAUCCCAAUGAGAAGCACCAGGAUAAGAAAGGAAAGGCCAUCUGCAAGUACUACAUCGAGGGGCGCUGUACCUGGGGGGACCACUGCAACUUCAGCCACGACAUUGAGCUGCCCAAGAAGAAGGAGCUGUGCAAGUUCUACAUCACUGGGUUCUGUGCCCGGGCCGACCACUGUCCUUACAUGCAUGGCGAGUUCCCCUGUAAGCUGUUCCACACCACGGGGAACUGUGUAAACGGAGACGAGUGCAUGUUCUCCCAUGACGCCCUGAAUGAAGACACCCAGGACCUGCUCGACAAGAUGCUGGCGGAGGAUGCAGAGGCAGGAGCGGAGGAUGAGAAGGAGGUGGAGGAGCUGAAGAAGCAAGGCAUCAACCCCCUCCCAAAACCCCCUCCUGGAGUCGGCCUCCUCCCCACCCCUCCCCGGCUCCUUCCUGUAGACAACAACACAGGGGGCGGAGAUUUUGGCGGGUCCCCGUCAGGUGACUUUGGGGGUCCUCCACCUAACCAGGGGCCCAAUGCCAACAAAGGUCCCCCCCCAGGGCCUGGGCCUGGUCCUGGGUCCAACCCCUGUGUUCCUCCCCCUGUCCAUGGCCCUGAUGUAAAUCUCUUCCAAGGUGGGCCCCCAAAUCCCAGUGGCCCUCCUCCCCACAUGGGCCCCCCACCUCCAUGUGGUGGAGGAGGUGGUGGCCCCGGGAAGAAGAUCCCCUCCCUAUUUGAGAUCAAAGUCCAGCCCACAGGACAGCUGGCUCACAAACUGGCUGUAAGGGGCCAGACUCCCAGUAGCAACCAGGGUCAGACUGCAGCACCGGGACCCCAAGGGCCUCCUGGGGCCCCUCCACCCUGCUUUCCUCCUCCCCCAGGCAUGAUGCCCCCUGACAUGCAGAACAUGGGCCCCAACCACGGGAUGAACCAGGGUCCCCCCAACAUGGGCCCCCCUCCCAUGAUGGGAGGAUUUUCGUCUGGUGACGGCCCUCCUCAUGGAGGAGCCAUGCCCCCAGGGCCUCCUCCGGGAGGAGGAAACUUCUUCAAUAACUUCUUCCACCCGCAGGACUCAAUGAUGGAUGGAGUGGUGCAAGAAGGUGACAACUACCAGGGUUUCUCUGGCAUGGACGAGAGAGGAGGAGCAGGGAACGUUGGUCAUCAGUCCGGUGGCCAGGAAGGCUUUGCUAAUGGAGCAUCAGCCAAUCAGGGAGGGAUCUCUGUGCCUGACUUCCUGCCUCCAGCUCAGCGCGUGCUGUUCAUGAGGAUCCAACAGAAGCAGCAAGAGGAAGAGGAGAGAGCUCGCAGGAUGGCCGAGGGGGGGGCAGAGAAGAGUCGAGAGGCUGAAGGUGACUCUGGGAACUGGUACUCUAGUGAGGAUGAGGACGGAGGGAGCAGUGUGACGUCAAUCUUGAAGACGCUCCGUCAGCAGACCCAGGCCCCCCCUAAAUCUGACGGCCCCCGGAGCGACCCUCGCCUCCUGAAGGUCUCUCCUGCCAACCCUCCUCCCCGGCCCGCAGACCCCCGCAUGGCUCGGGACCCUCGUCUGGCCCGUGGUGCAGACUCGGCUGACUCCAUCCUCCCCAUGCCCACUAUAGCCUCCUCUGGACCCCCAGCAGACCCCAGGUUAGCCCGUCUAGCUGCUGCUGUGUCAACAGGAUCCCCCCACGUGCCCCCUGCAACCAAACCGGAGCUUCCUCUGGUCUACAAGCCCCCGCCCCUAACAACCCCGUCAGCGGCAGAGGAGGAGGAGACGGAGCGGGUCCUACGAGACAAGCCGGUCCCCAUCCCUCUGGACCCCCUCAUGGGCAUGGCUCUCAGAGACCCCCGCUCACAGCUGCAGCAGUUCAGCCACAUCAAGAAGGACAUUGUGCUCCACAUGCCAGCCUUCAUCAAGACCAUCACCUGGUCUCCGGAGGACCUCCUCCCCCUCCCGGCCCCAAAGCAGGACCUCCUCCCACUCCCCCCCGGAAUCCCUCCCGUCUCCUCCAUAGAACCACGUCCGACCCGCUCUCAGCCGCCUCUCCAACCGUCGCUCUCUCACUCACAUCCUCCUCCCCUUCACCCUCACCCUCUCCUCUCCCCUGGACCCACUUUGAGCUGCUGUCUUGCAAGUCCUAUAGCUCAUGCCCCUCCUCUCCUACCCCCCCCUAUUCCCCCUAUGUCCCUCCUGGGGCCACCUCCAUCCAUGCCUCCCCCACCCGUAGAAAAGCCAGUCGACCCCCGUAUGUCCCGAAAAGGCCCCUCGGACCCCCGCCUCCAGCCUCCAAAGUCGGCUCUGAAGCAACCCUCUGAGCCCCUGCCCCCCCCUGUACCCUCUGCCUCUCCAGCACCACCAUCCAGCUCCUCCACCCCUCCCAUCGCCCCCUAUGACCCCAGGAUGUUCUCCUCAGGUGGGGCAGGCCGCGGUGUGGGGGCCGGGCCAGCAGGGGGAGCCAGCGUGCUGAGCAACAUCAGUCUGUAUGACCCAAGGACUAACAAACCAGGUAGCCCUGGAGCCGGGAAUGGCUCCAACAACUCCCCCAACUCAGCCAGCGUGGAGUCCAAACCCAGCGACCACCCCGUGGCUAAACCCAAGUCCAAGGAGCCCCUGUUUGUCCGGAAGUCCGCUCUGGACCAACCAGAGCCGGAAAAAAGUGUCGAGCAAGGAACCGACCGAUACAACAGCUACAACCGGCCCCGGCCCAAACCCGCACCCUCGCCCAACUCCACAGCCCAGGGGGGUCCUGCAGCAGCAGCAGGACAGGGGCCUGCAGGAGCUUCUGGGGAUCAGGGGCCCGCGGGGGUCCACAACCUCCCAUUGUCCACUUUAUUUGGCGCGGUGAAGCAGGCGGCCAAACCCGGUGGGACGGGGAGCCCGUUCGGGGGGAGCAGCCCGGUACAGGCGGAGCAGAGCACCGCGGAGCAGGACAAAGCCUCGCUGAAGGACGUGUUCAAGGGCUUCGACCCCACUGCCUCGCCCUUCUGCCAGUGACCCCCCCCCACCGCUGAACCCUAACCCCCAUCAUGAUGUGGGCGGAUGGCUUGUUUUAACAUUUCUGAACACCGAACUGUAAAGAGAAAGAGAAGCGCACUGAGGCAGCUGCCUGUAAGACUGGUUAAGGAGACAAACUUUUGUGAACAAACUGAUGUCCCAUGAUGUGUUUCAUGCACACUCGCACACUCUCAGACACAGACCUACACGCACACAUUUAACCACAGUGUUGCAUAUUCAUAUUCUAUAAAAAGACUCCUGCGUUAUGGAAAAGGUUUACAUUUAAAUCUCUAAAGCUCUAUUUUAAACAAACGUAUUGAUGUAUAAAUAAAUGUAUUCUCUUCUU